GCAGGGGAGGGCUGACGCGGCCCUGGCGGCGGCCGCCUCUCUUCGCCCAAGGAGUUGACAUUUUGCAGGACUCGCGCGACGUCCCGUCGCCGCGCUCCGCGGGACCCGGCCGCCCGGAGGAGGGGGCGGAGGAGGGUGGAGACUGUGGGGCUUGGCCAAGGAAGGCGCACAUCCUCGGGCAAGCGGCCGUGACGCGGCGGGGAUUAACUUUGCAUGAAUAAUAUCUGCGGUUUCCCUCCCAUUGGCCUUCCAGCGGCUGCCAAGUUCCACAGGUGAUUUAAUGGAUCAGAAGGAGAUGUCAGUGAAAAACAGGGUCCAGAAUGAUUACUAACCUAUGACUCCCAACAGUAUGACAGAAAAUGGCCUUCCAGCCUGGGACAAACCGAAGCACUGUCCAGACCGAGAACACGACUGGAAGCUAGUAGGAAUGUCUGAAGCCUGCCUACAUAGGAAGAGCCAUUCGGAGAGGCGCAGCACAUUGAAAAAUGAACAGUCAUCACCACAUCUCAUCCAGGCCACUUGGACUAGCUCAAUAUUCCACCUGGACCAUGACGAUGUGAACGAUCAGAGUGUCCCAAGUGCCCAGACCUUCCAAACAGAAGAGAAGAAGUGUAAAGGGUAUAUCCCCAGUUACUUAGACAAGGACGAGCUAUGUGUGGUGUGUGGUGACAAAGCUACCGGGUAUCACUACCGCUGCAUCACGUGUGAAGGCUGCAAGGGUUUCUUUAGAAGAACCAUUCAGAAAAAUCUCCAUCCAUCCUAUUCCUGUAAAUAUGAAGGAAAAUGUGUCAUAGACAAAGUUACACGAAAUCAGUGCCAGGAAUGUCGCUUUAAAAAAUGCAUCUAUGUUGGCAUGGCAACAGAUUUGGUACUGGAUGACAGCAAGCGGCUAGCAAAGCGGAAGCUGAUUGAGGAGAACCGGGAGAAGAGACGGCGGGAAGAGCUGCAGAAAUCCAUCGGGCACAAGCCAGAGCCCACCGAUGAGGAGUGGGAGCUCAUCAAAACUGUCACCGAAGCCCACGUGGCCACCAAUGCCCAAGGCAGCCACUGGAAGCAGAAACGGAAAUUCCUGCCAGAAGAUAUUGGACAAGCACCAAUAGUAAAUGCCCCAGAAGGUGGAAAGGUUGACUUGGAAGCCUUCAGCCAUUUUACAAAAAUCAUCACACCAGCAAUUACCAGAGUGGUGGAUUUUGCCAAAAAGUUACCUAUGUUUUGUGAGCUGCCAUGUGAAGACCAGAUCAUCCUCCUCAAAGGCUGCUGCAUGGAGAUCAUGUCCCUUCGCGCUGCUGUGCGCUAUGACCCAGAAAGUGAGACUUUAACCCUGAAUGGGGAAAUGGCAGUGACGCGGGGCCAGCUGAAAAACGGGGGUCUUGGGGUGGUGUCAGACGCCAUCUUUGACCUGGGCAUGUCGCUGUCUUCUUUCAACCUGGAUGACACUGAAGUCGCUCUCCUUCAGGCUGUCCUGCUGAUGUCUUCAGAUCGCCCAGGGCUCGCCUGUGUUGAGAGAAUAGAAAAAUAUCAAGAUAGUUUCCUGCUGGCCUUUGAACACUAUAUCAAUUACCGAAAACACCACGUGACACACUUCUGGCCAAAACUCCUGAUGAAGGUGACAGACCUGCGGAUGAUUGGAGCUUGUCAUGCCAGCCGCUUCCUGCACAUGAAGGUGGAAUGUCCCACGGAACUCUUCCCCCCAUUGUUCUUGGAAGUGUUUGAGGAUUAGACUGACUGACUUCAUUCUCAUAAUUCCUACAGCACUACUGGGUGUCAUUUCAUUCCAUUGCCUAGCUCCUUUUUGUUUGUUCCUUUGUUUCUUUGUGUUAGGAGGGAUUGUUUGGGGGUAAAGGGAGAUAGUCCUUGGCAUAGACAUGGAUGAAAUUGCCCCUUGAAUGCGGGUACUUGUAACUAUUGGAUUUUGUUCUCCAGUCCUUUGAUGUGAAUGCUUUGAAGGUUUUACAGCUCUGGAGGUGGGGCGGGGGGGACUAUCAUUAUUUCACCAGCACCGAGCCAUCACCAGCUCCCAUCUGUCCCUGGUCAGAGACUCGAGCAAGCACAAUGGCACAGCAGAAGACUAAAGAAGCCUCAAAACCAAGAUAAUAGGGUCAUCUUGAGCCAAUCCUGAUUUUUGCAGAGCUCCAGUUAGCAGGGCACAGACCAUCUUUGGUUAGAUGUGGCUUUCCGCUUUCUAAAGAAAGAUCUGAACAAAUUUUUGUUUAUUCUAGAGCAUGCUGUUUUCAGCAUCCUUCGUUCUCUCCUAGCAGCAUAACUUGGAAUGUACAGGAAUAUUGGUCCCCAAGAAAAUCAGCUAUUCUUUUACUGUAAUUUUUAUAAUUUUAUGAUUUAAUUCAAGGUAUAUAAGGGUGUGACUCAAAGAUGUGCAGAUCUUUGACUGACUGAGGCCAACCAGGAACUGGUUGAGGCCAACCAUUUUCUUCAGUGAGCCCAAAGAAAUUAGAAAUCUACAUCAAUGUCAGUGACUCAAAAGUUUCCAGAAAUUCACAUAGUAUUACCUCAGCGUAGGAAGGCUUCUUUACGGUUUAGGUUCAGAGAAAAUUUCCACAGAAAUUAAAACUAUUUACAGAGUGUCGUUACUUUUCAAUGAUCUCUGAUC